CACUCAACACGUAAUCUGGCAAUGUUCACAUUUCUUACGAGCGGUGACGCUAUUUAUAUCUCAGAGGAGUGAACUCUCUGCAUCGAUUCUUCUUCGGAGUUCGGAGAAGUGCAAUCUUGCUGGUUUUUUGCUUUUUCUGCGGGCCACUUUAAUCGGAAGUCUGUGUAAUGGCGGAGGAAUCAUUGAAUGCAAAUGAGGUUGUUCUCGCUGAAGAAAUUGGCCAUGUAUCAGUGAUCACUUUGAAUCGGCCUCGUCAAUUGAAUGUUAUCUCAUCUAGAGUGGUUGAGCUGGUUGCUAAGUACCUUGAGAAAUGGGAAAAGGAUGAUGAUACUAAGCUUGUGAUAUUUAAGGGUGCUGGGCGUGCCUUCUCUGCUGGUGGAGAUCUGAAAAUGUUCUAUGCGGGAAGAAAAGAUGAUUUCUGCCUUGAGGUUGUGUAUAGGAUGUAUUGGCUAUGUUAUCACAUUCACACUUAUCAGAAGACAAUGGUGGCCCUUGUUCAUGGAAUUGUUAUGGGCGGAGGUGCGGCUAUGACUGUCCCAUUGAAGUUUUCUGUUGUCACUGAGAAUACUGUUUUUUCUAUGCCUGAAGCUAGCGUUGGUCUUCAUUCAGAUUGCAGCUUUUCUUACAUUCUUCCACGUCUUCCUGGCUAUCUUGGGGAAUACUUGACCUUAACAAAUGCAAGGUUAAGUGGGAAGGAUAUGGUUGCAGUUGGUCUUGCUACUCACUUUGUCCCAUCCGAGAAAUUGAAAGAGCUUGAGAACCGUUUAUUGAGUUUGAAUUCCGCUGAUGAAAAUACAGUUAGUAAUGUGAUUGAGGAAUUUUCAAUAGAUGUCCUCCCCGAGGAAGAAACCAUCUUGAACAAGCUACAAACAAUUAAUAAGUGCUUUUGCAAAGAAUCUUUGGAAGAGAUAAUAGAAUCAUUUGAAGCUGAAGGAUGGAAUAAUGGCAAUGAAUGGAUAUGGCCUGUGCUCAAAGUGCUUAAACGAGCAUCACCGACUGGUUUAAAAAUAACGUUGCGUUCAAUCCGGGAAGGAAGGAACCAAACUUUGCCCGAGUGUCUAAAGAAGGAAUUCAGGCUUACAAUGAACCUGCUUAGAUCUGUGGUAUCCGAAGAUGUUUAUGAGGGAAUCCGAGCUUUUAGCAUUGACAAAGAUAAUGCUCCCAAGUGGAACCCUCCUACCCCUGGGGAAGUAAGCAAUGUGUAA